AUGAUGCUUAUUGUCCUUGAGCAUCUGAUGAAGCCAAAAGACUCGGUGGAGGUGUUUUGGUUCACUGUUUUGCUGGAAGAUCAAGGAGUAAUUGAUGAUGAACUGGAUAAAAUUGCUCCUAUUGAUGUUACACCUUUCAGCGUGACCAUAGUUGUGGCAUAUCUGAUGAGGACUCGUGGAAUGAGCCUUUUUGAUGCUAUGCAACAUGUAAGGAGUAUACGACCAGAAGCACGUCCCAAUGAGGGUUUCAUGUGUCAGCUGGAGGACUUCGAAAAGUCUCUUCAAGGUGCCUCUAAGUUACCUUAG